AGUGUUGAUGUAGGGUAAUUAUUAUUCUUCAUAUUAUUAUUAUUAGCAUGAUGAUGGAUGGAUGGAAAUAUUGUCCCCUACGAGCUGGCAGAUUCCUCAGGCUUCUUCUCUGCCUCCUCCUCUGCCGCGCCGGCGAUCUUCUCUGCUGCGUCCUCAACCAUCUUUUCCGUCUCGACUUUUGAUCGGUUUCGUCCUGGGGGAUCACAUUGUUCUUGAACAGUUAGCAUAGCAGCUAACACAGCUAGCAUUUAGUCUUCAGCAAAAACCCCAGCAUUAGCAUUGAUUUGCAACCUUGUUGUAAUUAAGAGCAACACUCAAAUUAGUAUUCAAAUAAAUUGUAACUUUUUCAAAAUUGUAAAGUAUUUCUUCAGCAAUACUUUGGAAAUAUGCCAGUAUGUUUUUGCAGGUGCCCAUCUGUACUGUUGAUGGUUGAGCUGGACGGAUCAAAAUUUAUGCUGGUUUAUGACCUGUUUUUCUUAAAAACGUAACAAACCAAACUGUCCUCCAAUUUUGGAAUGACCCAGAAACUGAGCAUUCAUCGUUUAUGAUACAUCUCCUGCGUCUCAGUACGUACAGUACGAACGUCUUGGGGGCGUGCGUUUGAAUCUUUUACAGCGGUGUCAACCUUUUACGCACUCGCGCUGUGAAAUAUGAUUGGGGUUUCAAGGCUCCACGGCAGCAGCUCCUCUCUCUCUCCUCACCGCGCUGCACAGCACCUUAUACGGCUCGCCGGGGCACCCCCAGUCCUCAGAAACGCAUUCGGGGACGACCCUCACCCACUUCCACUCCAAGUAUGCCCUGCUCCUGAGCGGACGCCAAACCCAUCUCCUUCAGUCCCACUUGACGAUGGGCAGCCCCGGCGGCAACGGCAGCGUCCCCCGCAACGGCUCGGACCCGUUUGCUCGCAACGAGGACGUCGCGCAGAUGGAGAUCCUGGUGCUGAGCGUCACCUUCGUGGUGGCCGUCGUGGGCAACGUGAGCGUCCUGCUGGCCAUGCACAACACCAAGAGGAAGAUGUCACGCGUGCACCUCUUCAUCCGCCACCUGAGCCUGGCCGACCUGGUGGUGGCCUUCUUCCAGGUUUUGCCUCAGCUGUGCUGGGACAUCACGUUCCGCUUCUACGGGCCGGACUUCCUGUGCCGGAUCGUCAAGCACCUGCAGGUGACCGGCAUGUUCGCGUCCACCUACAUGAUGGUAAUGAUGACCGUGGACCGCUACAUCGCCAUCUGCCACCCGCUCAAGACGCUGCAACAGCCCACGCGGCGCUCGUGCGUCAUGAUCGUGUCGACGUGGACGUGCAGCCUGGUGCUGAGCGCCCCGCAGGUGUUCAUCUUCUCCCUGAGCGAGAUCCAGAACGGCACCGGCGUCCGGGACUGCUGGGCGCACUUCAUCGAGCCGUGGGGUGCGCGCGCCUACAUCACCUGGAUCACCGUGGGCAUCUUCCUGGUGCCCGUGGUCAUCCUGGUGGUGUGCUACGGCUUCAUCUGCCACAGCAUCUGGAGGAACAUCAAGUACAAGAAGAGGAAGCGCGCGGGCAACAAGGACGGGCUCAUCGGCAAGAACUCUGUCAGCAGCAUCACCACCAUCUCCAGGGCCAAGCUGAGGACCGUCAAGAUGACCUUCGUCAUUGUGCUCGCCUACAUCGUGUGCUGGGCGCCCUUCUUCACCGUGCAAAUGUGGUCAGUGUGGGAUGACAAGCUCUGGUUCACCGAUUCCCAGAAUACGGCGGUUACUCUGACGGCACUGCUGGCCAGCCUGAACAGCUGCUGCAACCCGUGGAUCUACAUGAUCUUCAGCGGCCACCUCCUGCAGGACUUUGUGCACUGCCUGCCCUGCUGCCAGCGAAUGAACACCGACUUCCGCAAGGAGGACUCAGACAGCAGCCUGCGCAGGACCACGCUGCUCACCAAGGCCACCAAUCGGAGCCCCACUGACAGUUCCGGCAACUGGAAGGAGCUGGACAAUUACCCCAAAUCCUCCGCUCAGGCCGAAUAAAUGUGCAGCCUGGCAACUGCUUACUGGCCUGUGGAAUGGAAAAUGGAAAGUACACAUACAGUACAUUGCAAGCACAUCCAACCGUCGUGAGUGGAAAUAAGGACACUCUAAAAAUGAUGUUCCACCUGUAUUGUGUGUGCCUACAUUUGUCUCAAAGGCUCACAGGGAUUUUGAAGACAAUCGGGGAGGAAACAACACAAAAGGCAGACAUAAUUAAUGUACCAUUGGUGACAUAUCUCCAUGGGGCCAUGGCUUUUUAAGUUGUUCUGUUGAAUGUAGCCGUCUCACAUGAAAGUUCAAGAGUGCAUGUCAGAGAGCAAUGGCAUCCCAUCUGCAUUGUGUAAAUGCUACAAGAUACAACCAUUCCCAAUAAUGCUAUUGUGCAUCAAAAGAAGCAAGUGUUUUUCUUAUUAUUGUGUGAAUGCUGAGAGAUGUGAACCCCCACUCUUUGGGGGACAGGGAUCGAGCAAAACACUAAAGAGAGAGAAUAUCAUAAGGCAUCAACACCAUGCUUGUAGCAUGUACACAAUCAUGAACCUAUGUUACAUAAACGACUGUACAUAACGACCCUGUUACCUUCCUUAAACAACAAUUUGUUCGGGAUGGAAGCACGAUCAUUCUUUCUCUCAGCCCAAAGACUUGUGAAUUAUCGUACUUUUUCCCCACAAGACCACCCCAAAUUGUUUUUGCUAAUCCUCUACGUUAUUCACAUGCUAUGAUAUGCGAUGGUAAAUAUGGUGGUUUAUCAGCGGCCUUCAUUUCUUUCAUUCAAUCGCAUUUGGACUCCCAGGGAGCUAAAAAACUAAAUGUGUGGCUUUUUAGGACCAAUGGGCUAGAUAAUGUGUGGUUUGUUUGAAUCAAAUGUAUUUUUUGUUUGUGGUGUGAUCUUUUAAUUUCCUUUAAGAAAAAAUUAUGUUUUGGAACUGAUACGUGGUUGGGCCGAGUAAACUAGUCGCUCACACGUUCCAAACAAAUCUGCUUGUGAUUCUUUCUUUACAUUUUCAAAUGGCAAUUGAAAAUCAAAACAUGAAAAAGUUACCAAUUAAUUGAAAUGCCAAUUGAAAUGGAAGAAUGAAUGAUACACAGAUUUGUUUGGACCCUGUGAGCUUUUUCUUUACUUGGCCCAAACACGCUGCUGUGGUUGCAAUUUUCAGUAUCGCCACAGUGAGUCACUCACAUGAUUUGUUUGGCAGUUUAUCUGUAUCGGUUCUUAAACAUUGGACUAUCUUGAAGGAGAUUAAAAGGUGAGAUUGUGUAAAGGCAGUGGAAAUGAUGUCAUGGCAUUGCCUUAAAGCACUCACAGAUUGCUUUAUUUGGCCAUUUCACUCAGCGACAGCACCUCAGCAUUCAAACGCGACUGCUGAGGGAAUUGCAUGUUCGGGUUGCUUAUAAAAAGCUGAAUUUCUCGAAUCGGUGGUAAUUAUAUCCCAUAGCAGCGCAGGGCAACCCAACCCCCUUUUUCCUGUCCAAGUUUUUACAAAGAUAAAACCUCCACGGCGACCCCAAGGUGUUGAAAAGAACUAAUGGAAUUUGGACUGUACAGCGAAGAACCCACAUCAUCCGUCUUAUUGAUCAGCCAGCCUCUUUUUAGAUGUACUUUUAUGUCUGUUUAAGUGGAUCAUAUGAGGAAAGCCUUUGACUGAUCUGGGCUUUUGAUUUACACUUCGGCCCCAUUUUUUAAGCUUGCUCAAAGUCCUGUUUCAUGUUGUGUCAGGUGGGCGCAAGCUUGCACGACUCCCGCAAGGACGGUUCUCAUCUGGCUUCAAGCGUCCGGAAGCCCUUUGAAAAUGCCAAACGUUCGUCAAGAUGCUUUGAUGCGCUGAGCUAGGCCGCCGUUCGGAGGAGCCGGCACACCUCCUGACCUCUGCAUAUCCCUCCCGUGGCCUCCUCAGUAGAGGCUCACACAUUCCUCACACACCACGUCAGCUUUAUUCUCUUCUGGCGUCUUGCGCUGAUGACCGGCUGGGUGGUGGAAAAGGGGGGGGGGCUUUGUUUGGGCUUCAGAUGUGCACAAUUACCUGCACAAUAAUGUGGCCUGUAACACUGUACUGUAAAUGUGCUUUGCGUUGGGAUACUUUUCAACACGUGUACAGUACUGUGCAAAAGUCUAAAGAUCACCAUUAGAUUUGUUCUUUUUGUAACUUUAUAAUGAGCAUAAUAACCAAAUGUUACUAACCAUGACUUCCACUGAUAUAUAUCAAUUUGAUAUCAAAGUUAUACGAUAUAACUUUGAUAACUAAAUUUCCCAUGAAGAUCUUGUGCACAGUGGGAGUAAUUGCCAAGUUCAAACUAUGCAAUCUGGCAGGGGUUUUAAAAUGUGGGGGAUAUUACUGUUGCCAUAGUGACUCAUAUGUUAAGCAAACACUGUAUCUGCACCGAUCCUCAGCAAUUCUAACCUCCAACUGUGUGACAACUGUGAUUUGCUGUCUGUCAAAAAGGCUGUUGUUGCUGACAUAAAACUAAUGCACAGUACUGUACACACCUGGUGUAUGAAUAGUACUUGUUUUAAAACUGUAAAUUCUAUGCCUCUGUAAUGCACAUGUGAAUAUCUUGCAAAUAUAUGUUUCAAACAUG